AUGCCCGCACCUGCGGCAAAGGUACGCAAACAAAGGCUUGUUGCUCCAAAAUGCAGGGGCUGCAAGCAGAAGAUUCCACCUGCUGAGUGUGCUCCAAACUUUCCAGGCUGUCACCCAUGCAAGAGGGCAUUGGACAACAUCAACAAGUUGGCUCAUCGCCAAGGUAAAGAAGCUGUUGCUUUCGUCAAGAAGCAGAGGGAAGAUGAUGACUGUUGCUUUGCCAUGGUUCAGUCCUACAUGGAACUUUGUCCGGAGUCCAUGGAUGGUGCCAAGAACAAAAAGCGGGGAACUUGGUCCGUUGCCCGCUACCAAGAGCGCACAGAGGCUGCGUCUGGCUUCAUUCGGGACAAGGUGGGUGAGAUGAUGGGGAGGAAGUUGUACAUAGAGUUUGCGCAAACAACUCGUGGUGGAAAGAAGAGUGAUGACCAAGCUGCUGCUCAGUGGACAGAGUGGGAGCAAAAGAUUGGGGAGAAGGACCCAAAUGUCUACCAUGACUUUUUGGGUGAGAAUGGCGCCUUGCGAAUUUGGGUUCACACAGCCGAUGAGAUGCGGAUGAGGUCUUCUUACAUGCAGUCAAAAGAGCUGAUUGGCGAGGUUGAAACCGUCAAGAAACCAAAAGCUGCAGACAUUGAGCGCAUAAAAGGCCAACUCGGGACAAAGCACGAAACUAUGUCUGAGCAGAGCAGCAUAUGCGCUGCCAUGCUCAAGAAUGGGGAGAUGGCCUUCCAAGGCAACGACAACUUUUUGCUGGAUGUGACGGAGCUCUUGGGAAAGACGGGGGCGUCAGAAGCAGAAACCACUACAGAAACCUCAGAGCCACAAACCCCCAACAACUCUCCAGACAAGACCAAGCCAUGGGUCGAGAGAGACCGUGUGGUUUCAGCAACACUUCGCUCAGCUAAGCUGCAGAUCGAGGCCUUCAAGGUGAAAGCUCAGCAAGGUUUGGACAAUUUGAAGGCAAAGCUCGAGGAGCACAAGGCCAACAAGGAGGCUGACUUCCUAACAAACUUCGCUGGUGAGCUCAAGGUCUUGGAGGUUCGCGUCGAGGCUCUCAAGCUUGUCUUGGAAUCGAAAGAUGAGGACAAGGUGAAGGAGUUCAUUGCCAGGUUCAGUGCUGAGAUCCCACAAGACGCGGAGAUCCAUGAAAGCAAGGUUGAACUUGGGAGGGCGCCUCCUUGUGAGCUCUACGCUCAGCUCAAGCCCUUUUGCGUUUUGGAGCAGACUGCUGAGAGGUACCACCAAUGCACUCUUCCUGCCCAUGUGAAGGAGGUCACUGAGCAACUCACCAAGCUUCGUGCUCCAAUGACUCAGUUGCUCGGGAAUGGUUUGAAGGCCGAGAAGACCUUGAAGACGGCUGUGGAGCAGCUGAAGAAAGCUGCAGAGAAAAAACAGGAGAAGGCUAGCAAGGCGAAGAAGGCAAAUGCUUCUCCAAGUAUUCCUAUCUUCGACCAAGGUGCUUCAAUGGCUACUCAGGUUGAGAAACUUGCAGCUGGGGCGAAAGUGAACGCUUCAAAGCCUUUCUUGAUGGAUUGCAGCUCUGUUGUAUCCACUUUGAAGGAAGAUGGCAAGCUGACCCAGCAGCAGGCUGCCAGUUUCAAA